UUCUCCAGCGCGUUUCAUAUAUGCAUUAUAUGUUUAGCUCGUUGCAUGAAACUGUCGUAAUGAGGUUAUUAAUUGCUAUUCUGAUGGUAUGUGCGGUUUAUGGAAACUGGGUUGAUGAAAUGUGGAAUCCAGGACUAUUUGAAGGUGACAUUUUGUUGAAUCCGCAACAAAGAGAAGAAAUUAAAGCGGGCAGAUUCGAAUUUGCUUCUGUGAAACACAAAUUAUGGCCAAAUGCUGUUAUACCUUACGAAAUUUCUGGAGAGCUAACUUGGGAAAAGAAAGCAAUGAAAGAACUUGAUGAAGCUAUCAAGCAGUAUCAUACUUAUACAUGUUUGAGAUUCAAAAGAAGAACAACUGAGAAAGGAUAUAUUGAGUUUUAUAAAGGAGGAGGAUGUUCGUCACCAGUUGGUUACAGCGGAAGAAGAAAUGGAGUUUCUUUAUCCAGUGGUUGUUGGUGGCGAGCAACAAUUAUGCACGAGAUAGGUCAUAGUUUAGGCAAGUAUUCUUCUCUGUGGUAA